CUGGGCAGCCCCAUGGCAUUGGGGGGGAUCAGGGCACCCCCAGGCUCUGCUGCUUUGGUUGUCUCUGGCUCCUGCAGAGCUGCAGCACACGGGGCGCUGAGUCACGGCCGCACUGGGUGCCCCUACAGCCCCACAGAGGCUUCCUGUGCCCCCCUUGCCCCACAGGGCCUGUCUCUGUGUUCCCAUGCAGUGCUCCAGCUCUGAGAUUAGGGAUAGGAAGGUCAUUGGGGUCACAACACAGCCCAGCUGGUGUCAUAUUCGUCCCCUCCCAGCACCAUGCCCUGGCUGUGGUCACACUGCGCUGGGUCUGCUGAGCCCCCUCCACCCCUCACUGUGGUUUCCAACCCCAGACACACUCCCAAAUCCCCACAUUGGGAGAGGUGCCCCCAGCCUGCUGUGCCAGGAGAUGCUGUGGGGGACGAGGGCUCCUGCAUGAUCCCAGCCUUGUAAAGGAGGGGAUGCAGGUUUGGUGCUGUGCCCCCAUCCCCGUCCCUGACUGCAGUGCAGUGAGGGGUGCUGAGGGGAGGGGGUGCUGUGAGCCAGCACAGCUGUGGGAAAGAAGGGACCCUGGUAAGGCCUGGGGCGGGUUAAUGAGUGCUUGGCUGCAGCUGGGAGCCAUUGGGGUUGGUGCUUAUGAGUGGAGAUGGGGAAGAGAUGGAGCACACCUGGCAGGUUGGAGGUUGUGCUGGAAGCCCUCGUGGGCUGGGGCUGCCUCCAGGAGCAGCCCUGUGCCUGCUGCCUCUUCCUCUUCCUCCCAACCCUACAUACUUCUUCAUAUGCCCAUAUGGAGUCGGCCGGCGUUAUGGAAUGUUAAGAAGUAUGUAUCCUUGGGCUGGGACCCCCGUGCUGGGACCCCGUCACUUCCAGCAGCUCUGAUGGCCUCUGCGGAGCGGUGCGUCCCUGGGGCUGGUAAAAAGGAACCAGAUCAACUACAACUGGAUUUGGUCCCCUUCAACCAGCUGCAGUGGGGCACACAGUGACACGAGGCGGCAGGAGGUGACACGAGGCCUGGGGACAUGGAGGAGAUGCAGAGGCACGGGGAUCGCUGCGCUCAGUUCUGGGCUCCCUGCUCCGCUGGUGUUUCGUGGGUCCGUGGGUGCUCAGAGGUGCUGUGAGGAUGUUACAGGCGGCAGCCGUGAAACCGAUCAUUCAUGCCCUCGUGGGGUGCGGCGUUGCAACAGGAGCGGUGCUCGUGGCCGUCCCGUUAACCGUUUCGACGCUGGGCUUCACGACUGCCGGCAUCACCGCGGGCUCCAUAGCCGCUAAGAUGAUGUCGGCUGCGGCCAUCGCCAACGGCGGCGGAGUGGCUGCGGGCAGCAUCGUGGCCGUGCUGCAGUCGGUCGGAGCCGCCGGGCUUUCCAUUGGCGUCAAACUCGGGUUGGCCUCCGUGUUCGGGCCGCUCGGUGCGCUGAUCGGAUCGAAGAUCCCUUAAGGGAUGGAUGGAGAAGCUCAGAAACGCCGAGAGACGGCGCGGUCGCCGCUGCGUGGUCGGCAACGGGAGCGCGUCGCACAGAUCAAUAAAGAGACGGCAGAGCA